GCAACCACAGACAUGCACGAUCCCCUGCGUGUGCAGUGCAGCAAGUAUGUGCAGCACGUGCGUGCCUGCUUGAACAAAACUGAGACAGCGAAUGUUUCGUAGAGGGACAAGGUCCGCGAGGCACGGUUUGUGAAUCGUAGACCCAGCCACGCGGGGAAGGACAGCUGAUACUGCUUCUUGGUUGUUCCGUGCUUGCAACUCUCGUUCAUCGUGAUUCGUCGUCUGCGGUGACGCACACACCCCGUUCCUCCCCGUUUCUCGCUCAACCAACCUCGGAAAUCUCCCAACAAAAAAUACCCCGCGGCGGAAGCUGUCACGACCCGCUGAUUUGAGACGAACCACAACAUUCCGUCUCGUAGCUCAGAACGUUCUGGAACGUUACUACUGAUGUCUCGUAGUUCCAAAACUAUUUUUUCUUAACCCAAGUCAUGGCUCAAGGCCGCCGGCUUAGCAACCCUAGACAUCCAUGGCGUCGGAAAAAGAGAAGCAACGAUCAGUACCACACUACUAACCACACCUCUAAUCACAGACGAGUAUCGCCGCCAUUAUGGCCUCGUUUCUCUCCGCUCCUCCUCGUCGCUCUCCUCCUUCCCGUCCUGCUCCGCUCUUCAGCCUCCCCCACUCUCCCCCCAUCGUCACGUGGUCUUAAUACUCACUUCCAGUCUAAGUGGCGAGCCGAGCACCAGAGAGUCAUGUAUACUCAAGGCAUGUCGUCGCCUGUGUCGUCCGGGCAGCAGCAGCAGCGGCCGCUGGUGAUUGGCUGUCUCGUCAGUGCGGGCACUCCGGCUGGUGACCUUAUUACAGCCGCCAUGGAGCUGGCUGUGCAGGAUCUCACUCUCCCAGCGGCUCCCGCCCCCCUGGCUCUUGAGUUCGCCAACGCCAGUGCUGCUGAUGCGUUUCAGGCCGAGGCCGCAGCGCUGGAGCUUCUCCUGGCGUCGCCAGCGCCCUCAGUGCUGCUCGGUCCGCCCACCUCCCUGCAGACGUCCGUUGUGGGGCCCAUCGCCUCCGCCAUGCAGGUGCCCAUGCUGUCGUACGCGGCCACGGACCCGCUGCUGAACGCCAAUGCGCAGCUGCCCUACUUUGUGCGCAUGCACUACGACGACUACGCACAGAUGGCAGUCGUCUCCGAUCUGGUGUCGUUCUACAACUGGACGCAAGUGGUGGCGCUCUUUGAGAGCACUGACAGUGCAUGGAACGGCUUCCAGUCCCUCACGCGCCUGCUGCAGCAACGGGGCACGGCGCGCGUGGUGGCGUCGUGGCAGUUUGACAGCGGCGUGAGCGCGGAGGGCGAUGUGAUGGCGGCGUUCCUGCAGGUGCGCGCUGUGGAGGCGUCGGUGUUUGUGCUGCACCUGCACAGUCCCACCACCAUCCGCCUCGUGCUCAAAACAGCAACGCAGCUGGGGCUGUUCACAGCAGGGUAUGUGUGGAUAGCCACUGCAGGCGUCAUGUCUCUGCUCAACGCUGACCGCGCCCUCUCGGCCACGCUCGUUGGCUGCGAGGGCAUGCUAGGCACGCUGCCGUUCGACGUGCCGACUGCGCGUCUCUCUGACCUGCAGCAGGCGAUCAGGGACCGUGCCAACACCCCCCUAGCCUCCCUGCAGUCCCCGGACGAGAUGCUGCGCCAAGCCAUCAACGCCUAUGACUCCGUUCACCUCGUCGCCCGCGCUGCCUCUGCUCUCGCCCACGCUCCCCCUCCCCCCCCCAAGCCCUCCCCUCCCCCUGGCCCUGCUGCUGCCUCGCCUCCCCCAGCCCCUGCUGCCGGCAGCAGCCCCAGCUUCCAGAAGCUAGAGGUGCAUGCAGGCGGGGACGCAUUGCUGGCAUCCAUCCUCAGCAGCAACAUGACAGGGGUGUCUGGAGAGGUGUCUUUCACGACAGGCGGCGACCUCCAGGAGCAGUUCUUCCGCGUGGCCAACGUGCUGCGCCACGGCCUGCGCACCAUUGCCUUCUACCACUACCGCGCCCCCCCGCCUCCCCCUCCCCCCUCCCCUCCGCCCUCCUCCCCUUCUCCCUCACCCCCCUCCGCCCCUGCCUCCAUCUCCUCACCUGCUGAUACUGCUGCGUCCCCACCCGCCCCUCCUCCUUCUCCGCCUCCUCCGCCUCCUCCCCCUCCUCCGGCUCCUGCUCCUCCUGCUCCUCCUGUUUCCUCUGCAUUCCUCUCUUCCGUCCAGAUGGUGGAUCUGCUGGAAGCCAGGCGCCUCACCACUCGCUCCGCUGCUGCCAAGGCGGUGGGCGUGUCAGCAGCAGCAGCAUCCACAGCGCAGGCUGCCGCGGUGGCAGGUGCAGACGCGUCCCUGCGUGCAGUCAUAUGGCCGGGGGGCAUCACAGAGGUGCCGCUGGGAGCGUUCCCCAAGUCCUCUGCUCCACUUCAGAUCGCCGUGCCGAAUAAAAAGGUGCACCACGAGUUUGUGUUUGUGGGCGAGAGCAGCAACGCCACCUCCUCCAGCAACGACAAGUUCUCGGGCUUCUGCAUCGACGUCUUCAAGUCCGCCGUCGCGCUGCUCCCCUACACGCUCUCCUUCCAGUUCAUCGCGUACGGCGACGGGCAGACGCCGCCCAGCUACGACGCCAUGCUCGCUGAUGUCGCAGAUAAGGCGUACGAUGCAGCAGUGGGCGACAUCACCAUCACCUCCGACCGCGCGCUGCUCGUUGACUUCACACAGCCGUUUGAGUCGUCCGGCCUCUCCUUUGUGGUACCGGUGCAGCGCGCGGCGCCCAACACGUGGGCGUUCCUGGCGCCGUUCACCCCGGGCAUGUGGGUGCUGCUGUACGUGUCCUUCUUCUACACCGCGCUCGUCGUCUGGUUCCUUGAGCACCUGCAGAACGAGGACUUCGGGGGCAAGCUGCACCAGCAGCUCGCCACCAGUGUGUGGUUCUCAUUCGCCACUAUGACCUUCUCCCAUGAGGAGCAGGUGCGCACGACGCUGGGGCGGACGGUGGUGAUAGUAUGGCUCUUCGUGGUCUUUGUCAUCUCCUCUGCAUACACUGCCAGCCUCUCCUCCGUGCUCACCGUCUCGCAGUCCGAACCCACCGUCUCGGAUUUCAAAGCUCUGCAGGCGGGCAAUCAGACCGUUGGGUACCGGAUGGGCUCCUUCGCAUCCAGCUACAUGCAGGGCGUGGGAAUCAACGAGUCGCGGCUGGUGGGCAUCGACCCUGAGGGCGACUGGGACGUGGUGGUGCAGGCGCAGCAGGUGGCGGUGGUGGUGGACGAGGAGCCGUACCUCGACAUCUUCCUCUCCGACCACUGCUACUACACCAAGCCGCCACACGCCUUCGCCACUUUCAACUUUGGCUUUGCCUUCCAGAGGGGAUCCUCGCUAACAGCCGACCUGUCGCUGGCGAUCGAGACCCUGGCGCAGAAUGGCCAGCUGCAGUCCCUGCACGACCUGUGGCUCCGGGGCAAGGGCACGUGCAGUGCGGGGCUGGAGCUGGAGUCGAUGCGGCUGGGCCCAGACUCCUUCUGGGGGCUCUUCCUGCUCUACCUGCUGGCUGCGCUUGGCAGCUGCCUGCUCUACGCUGCGCUGCUCGUCUACCGCGGCCUCAAGGCCUUCCGGCAAGCACAGCAGCAGGCAGCGGCAGAGAGGGAGGCGGCAGAGCAGGAGAGGCAGGAAGGGGAGACCCCUUGCCCUUCUGCCACUGUGGUGCCGGGCCGUGCUGCGACAACGACCAAGCCCCGCCGGCUCAAGAGCAAAGUGCGCCACUACAAGAGCGCCUACACCGCGGGCGUGGAGUGGAGCAUGCAGCGCAACAUCGGGGUGUCGUCGUCCGCGACUGACAGCAACCCCUCCAUGCACUUUGAUGUCUCGCACAUCACCUACUCCUCGCACGCCCCCCAAGGGGCGGACGGGCUCUCCAACGAUGCCACCGCUGCUGCUGCUGAUGGUGCUGCUUCUGAUGGUGAUGGUGGUGAUGGUGGUGGCGGCGGUGGCUCUGGGUCGGAUGGGGGUGGCAAGGAGGGGGAGCAGGGGGGUGCGGGGGGGCUGGGGGAUUCGCUAGAUGAGCAGCUGAGGGAGCUCAGGCGAAGCCAGUUUGCCAGCGGUAGGUCGUCCCCGUGAUCUUGGCACUGCUGCGCCUAAGGGAAUGAGCUGGACUGGAUCCUUUCACCAAGGAAGCCCUGCCUUUGCAGGUGUACUAGGUAGUACCCAGGGAGUUUUUCAAUAUGGUAUCCGGUUCAAAAUAGCCUGCGGGGAGUGGGUCGGCUGUGGGUGUGAAGGUGUUUUGUUUGAGGUUGGCUUCGCUUUGCUUCAAGGGUGAGGAUAUUCGAUACUGGGUAUGCAGGAUCCAGUACUGGACCUAUUAAGGCAUUUCGGAAUGUGUCGUUGUUUUCGUGCUGUAUCCCUCCCGACCUAGAUAUAUAGCAAGCCUGAACAAGAGGGGAUGGAUGCAACUUGUUUCUUUGGCACACACCAUGCCUCAUCCCACCCC